CCCUUCCGCGAGUGACCAACGACACCCCUGCAUCUCCAGCUCUCCAGUCUCCACGCGCGCGCAGAAGCAGCAAGAAGAGCGACCAAUCGAGCCGUCGCCUGACAGAGUGACAGGGGAGCACCUUGCCGCUGGAGUUGCCGUCGUCGUCGUCGCCGACCACCGCGCCGCCGCCCAGCCACCAUGGCCCGGCCGCAGCAACGGUACCGCGGCGUGCGGCAGCGACACUGGGGUUCCUGGGUCUCCGAGAUCCGCCACCCUCUCCUGAAGACGCGGAUAUGGCUGGGCACGUUCGAGACGGCCGAGGACGCGGCGCGCGCCUACGACGAGGCCGCGCGGAUCAUGUGCGGGCCGCGCGCGCGCACCAACUUCCCCGCCGGCGCCGCGCCCGCGUCGUUCCUCUCCGCGGCGCUCGUCGAGAAGCUGCACCGGUUCAACCUGGCGUCCGUGCAGGCCGCGCAGCGGCAGAGGGAGGCGGCCGCCUCCGCCGCCGCGGCCUCGGCCGCAAUGCCGGCCGGCGGCGACGCCUGGGCCGCGGAGUGGGGCGGGAGGUUCCUCGAGGAGCAGCACGUGGAGCAGAUGAUCGAGGAGCUGCUGGACUCCAACUUCUCCAUGGAGAUAUGCUGUUGAUUAGUAGCUGGCGAUGGCAGCCCGUUCGUCCCCUGUCCCUGCUGCUGCUGCUUGCUCUCUGUUCUUGCACCAAGGAGCACUGCUGGCAUGGCAUGCGUGGGCGUUGCUCUGCAACCGUGCAUAGUAGUCUCAGUCUGAUUGCACGAGUUCUCCACUGGUAGUGUAUAUUAGUAGCACCAGUGUAUGUUGAGUACUUUCAUUCGUGCAGAGCCCCCAGCGAAACUAUUUAUGAGUUUAUUUUAUAAAAACUAUUUUAUGAGAAAAUGAGCUAGAAAAUGGUGAAGAAAAGAAAAUGCAUGAUCACUGAGAAGUGGGAGUGCAGUUUGUUUU